UCCUCCCCCCGCCCUCCCCUAAAUUUCCCCAGCGAUUUCAUUUGCAUUUCGAUUUCCCCCCUCGUCUCCACCCAACCCCAACCGCCUCCCUCCUCCUCCGUCCCCACCCAUGGCGUCCCCCUCCCUCGCCGCCGCGGCCACCAGCCCUGCCUCCUCCCCGCUAACCCUAGACCCCAUCCCCCUCGCAUCCCGCCCCGCCGCCGCCGCCGCCGCCCCGCGCAAGCGGCCGGUCCUCCUCCUCGACCACCGCUCGCACCCCGCCUCCCCGACGCCCCCCUUCCUCUCCUCCUCCGCCGCCGCCGCGGCAGCCGCGGCUCCCCAGGCGCGGAGGAAGAAGCCACACUCGUCGUCGCCCCGGCCGAGGUGGCAGACCGCGCUCAGCGUCUUCGCCAAGAACGCCGCCCUCCUCGCCGUGCUCCUCUACCUCGGCGACCUCGCCUGGCGCUGGUCCCACUCGCCCCCGACACCUCCGCCGGACCGCGCGGUGCUCGAGGGAUACAACGCCCGCGUCGCCGAGGUCGAGGCCUCCCUCGCGCGCGCCUUCCGGAUGAUGCAGGUGCAGGUCGAGGCCGUCGACCGCAAGAUUGGGGGAGAGGUCGGCGCCGCCAGGGGCGAGCUCGCCGCGCUGCUUGAGGAGAAGCGGCUGGCGCUCGAGGGCCAGCUCGCCCGGCUCGACGCCAGGGCCGACGAGCUCGGCGACGCGCUGACCGGGCUCAAGCGGGUGGAGUUUCUCAGGAAGGACGAGCUUGAAAAGUUUUGGGAUGAGGUGAAGGGCAGCCUGGGCUCGGGUUCCGGGAGUGAGGUCGAUCUGGACCAGGUGCGAGCUUUGGCCAGGGAGAUCGCCAUGAGUGAGGUUGAGAAGCAUGCUGCUGAUGGGAUCGGCAGGGUGGACUACGCCGUGGCCUCUGGUGGGGGAAGAGUUGUCCGAUACUCGGAGGCGUAUGUGGCUAAACGUGGUGGUAUCUUAAGUGGGUUGCUGGGUGGAGGUAAUGCUGACCCUCAGAAGAUGCUUCAGCCGAGCUUUGGGGAGCCCGGACAGUGCUUCGCCUUGCAGGGCAGCAGUGGGUUUGUGGAGAUCAAGCUCAAGACGGGUAUAAUCCCUGAGGCAGUCACGCUAGAGCAUGUCUCCAAGGACGUGGCGUAUGACAGGUCCACAGCUCCAAAAGACUGCCAUGUAUUUGGAUGGUAUGAAGAGACACCCGGUGAAACCCCAUCAAGUCAUGCUGCAAAGUUGGCUCUCUUGACAGAGUUCACAUAUGAUCUGGAGAAGAACAAUGUGCAGACAUUUGACGUAACGGCCCCAGAUGUAGGUGUGAUCAAUAUGGUCCGGCUGGAAUUCACUUCGAACCAGGGAAGCUCACUGCUGACCUGCAUCUACCGCAUCCGGGUGCACGGCCACGAGCCAGUGUCUCCAGGAGCUGCAGGUUCCCAGGCCUGAGGUGGGGAAGAGCCUUGUUUCUCUAUGCGCGUUUUGCUGUAGGGCUCCCUCUCUGCCCAUUCUAGUCUCUAGGAUGUUGUCGUGUAUACACUGUAAAUCUAGCAACUGUUUGGUGGUAUGUUCCAGUCCAUUGAUAUGGUAGAUGCUUAGUUUGUGCCACCCAUGGAUGGUCGAUGUCAUUUUGUCCAGUAAUGUAGCGGGUGCAUUUGGUAGUUUGAACUUGGUCAAGGAAGGCUUGGAGCAAGUGUUGAGAAAAAUGGUUCUGUUCUCUACGUUAUGUUACAGCCACACUUGCAUUAUUGGAAAAAUGGUUCCAUUUAUGUGGA